GGAGCGUUGCGCCUUGCCUCAGUCUGCGCGCGGCGCUCAGAGGGGGCGGAUGUACGCGCUCCCCCGCCCUUUAAUAUGUGAAAUCCUCAGUGAAUAAUAGUGACGGAAAUGCAGUGAAGUGAACCCGCGGGGACUCUACAGCGGGCAGCAUGAGUGGGGGCUACGAUGGCAAGAUUGCGGGGCUAUACGACUUGGAGGAGACACUUGGAAGGGGCCACUAUGCUGUUGUCAAGCUGGCACGACACGUCUUCACUGGGGAGAGGGUCGCUGUCAAGGUGAUAGACAAGAUGAAGCUGGACGAGAUGUCGAGAGCUCAUCUCUUCCAGGAGGUGCGGUGUAUGAAGCUCGUCCAGCACCCCAAUGUUGUGCGUCUUGAGGUGAUCGACACACAGACAAAACUGUACCUCAUCCUGGAGUGGGCCGAUGGUGGGGACAUGUAUGACUAUAUUAUGAAACACGACAGGGGGCUGGACGAGGGGGCGGCCUGCAAAUACUUCCGCCAGAUCGUGCACGCCAUCAGCUUCUGCCACAAGCUUCACGUGGUGCACCGGGACCUCAAGCCGGAGAAUGUGGUGUUCUUUGAGAAGCUUGGCAUGGUGAAACUUACGGAUUUUGGGUUCAGUAACAAGUUUUGCCCCGGACAGAAGCUGGAGACGUCUUGUGGCUCCCUGGCUUACUCCGCCCCUGAGAUCUCUGGGGACUCUUAUGACGCCCCUGCUGUUGAUAUCUGGUCGCUGGGUGUGAUUUUGUACAUGCUGGUGUGUGGCCAUGCACCGUUCCAGGAGGCAAAUGACAGCGAAACAUUGACAAUGAUUAUGGAUUGCAAGUACACCAUUCCUGAACACGUGUCCCAGCCCUGCAAGGACCUCAUCGCACGCAUGUUAAUCCGCGACCCAGGGAAGCGAUCAACCCUGGAGGACAUAGCUCGUGACCCUUGGCUGAUGCAGGACCCAGGUUGGAGGACAGAGGCUGAGGUGUUGCCUUUAGUCUCCAGGCAACACUUGACGGAGGAGGACCAUGCUCAUAUCAUUCACAGGAUGGUGUCCGGGAACAUUGCUUCCAUGGAGGAGAUUUUAGAUGGUUUGGACAGAAAUGAGUACAGUCAUGUUACUGCCACCUACUUCCUGCUGGCCGAGAGGAAGCUGAGAGCCCACCGACUGCAGCAGGCAAACCAAGCUAAGGCUGUUUGUGCAAGCCCUGUUAUGUCUGUCAGGAAAGGUGGUGGGAGCCUGGACGAGAGCAAUGAUUCCUCCUCUUCCUCUGAGCACCUCGCCAAACCUCAGCAAGGCUCGAAGGAUGACAUGUCCAAUGGUAUCCUGCACUCCAAGCUGUCUGAGGUGCGCGGCGGGAACCGCAUCCGGACGUUCAGCAUCUUGGAGGAGGAGGAGGAGGAAGAGGAGGAUGAGGAAGAUGGGCGUGAGGAGGGCGAGAUGGUGGAGCGUGGCCAGAGGUCAAGGAGUGGGUCGCGGAGUGGGUCCCGCAGUGGGUCACGUAGCGGGUCACGGAGUGGGUCGCGGCGCGGGUCGCGGGCGUCGUCCUCCUCGUCACUGAAGGAGAAGUGUGUGCGGGACAUGAAGCUGGACCUGUCCCUCCUGCACCGCCUGGAGUGUGUGCGCCGCGGCAGCGCCUCCCUGCAGGGCUCCGCCGCCACCUCUCCUUCCGCCGAGGAGCCGCCCCUGCCGGAGCCGCCCUUCCCGCCCUCCUCAAACAUUGGCGUGGGGCGAGGCCGCGCCCGCAGUGCCGGCACCUCGCCUGCCACCACGCCGCCCAGCAGCCUGCCGCCCCAGCCCCACCCACAGCUCGCCGCGCCACCGCCCACAGCCACCACGCUGCCACCGCCCACACUGCCGCCGCCACGCGUCACGCCGCAGUCCUCCGUGUCCUCCUCCCCCACCUCCCAGGCUUCCUCGCCCUCCUCGCCCGGCCCACCCCAGCCACCCGCCUCGCCCAAGGCAGCCGCCGCAACCGCCACCGCCACCUCCGCCGGCCAACCUGCCUUCCUCAACCACAAGUUCAAGACGCUGCCGUCACCGUCGCGGCGCCUGCACUCCGUCCGCUCCUCGCCGCAGCUCAUGCUCAACGAGAUCUUCGAGGAGGGCGAGAGUGACGGAGAGGGCGCCGGCGCCGUCACCCGCGGCGCGCCCUCUGGCGCAGGCGGCAGCGGAGCAGCGGCCUCUCCAGUGGUCAUGCGGCGGCGGCGCCUGGCGCGCGCGCGCACGGCCUCCUGCUCCUCCUCAGACGCCUCGGACGACGACAGCGACGCCCGCAAGCGUCGGCAGCAGCGCGCCCUGGUGCGGCACCUCACCAGGGAGGCGGACGACGCCGAGGAAGCCCCCGCCACCGCGCAGCCCACCCCUGCGCCCGCACCCAUAUCCACGCCCGCCUCCGCAGCCGCCUCCACACCCGAGGAGGCACCCCAGGACAGCCUGAGCCCGCCCCCCGGGGAGGGCGGUGCGGGUCGCGGGGGGCGGCCGUUGUCUGCGUCCUGUGAUGACGACCA